CCACAGCUAUUGCAACCGCAAAGGGCGUAAGAAAGACGGGAAACACCGGAGCCCUAUAGCGAGCAUCGGCGACACACUAAACCCGUUCCCGUUACGGGUUACACGGACCGGAGCCUCCGAACAGUGGCCAUUUGGGAAAGCACAAGUGGAUUGUACUGUGGAGAAAAAAAAGCAAAAAAAAAACAAAACAAAACUCGCGCAAUCGUACUCGUACUCGCGGUGCUGACCAGCAUGUUCGACUGAUAGUGCGACCUCAUCGCGAUCAAGCAUUGAUUACCGAUCGAAGCGUGCGCUGCUUGCCGGGCGAGAAGACGAUAGGAACGAUAGGAACGAAUAGGAAACAACUUGCAAGCAAAUGGGGAAACUAAAUGGGUCAAGUGUGCGGUUGUUCGGUGUGCGUUAACUAACGUGUCAAACGCGCUAAUCGAUUACUGUUGACCGAGCAACUGUUUCGUGUUCCGAAGGCGAAAAAAUAAGGCUGUGUAAGUGGUACUAAAACUUACCGAAUAUCAUUGCACAAAGCGGUGUGUGUAAUUAGAUUUAAACUGAAGUGAGUAAAACAAAAUUUGGAGAGAGAAGUGUUGGAAGUGCAUGACAUGAUUACAUUUCAAGUCGUUCGUAAAGAAUACUGUACACGAGAAAAGUGUUGAAGCGAUUGGGGCGCUUUGGAGGAUAAAGUUGUAAGCGUUACUGACCACCGAACCCCAAACAGGGCCUCACAGUCAUGUGUGGUGUGUGAAUAGUGCAUUGGUUCCCCACGCCCUGGAUGAAAGCGAUGGUCACGUACAAUAUGGACGGUUCGCAAAGAAUGAGCCGCCCGCGGCGCGGUUCCAGUGUCUCGUCCGGCUUCCGGCUGAUGGAUGCGGACCAGCUGGACACCACGUCCACCGUGAGCCGCAACAGCAUCUACAAGCUGCGGAUAGACGCAAUGUUCGACGACACGAGAUCGAUCAUAAGCCAGCGGUUGGAUGACCGCAGUUCGCAUAACGGCCGCCGCCGCUCCUCGUCGAUCAGUGGGCUGAGCCGGGGCAGCCUUGCCGGUGCCAUCAUAAACGAUCGCGACAAUCUGGACAUCAGCGCGGUGGCGAGCAGUUUGCGCGAUUUCGGUGGCGUCAGUGCGGCCGGUACCGGUGGACAGCCCGCGGCCACCGGUGCACCACCGGGGGCGACCGAACGUCCCGCCGGCAAUGGUGCGGCCGGUGCGAGCGGUUCGGCCGGCGGUGCGGCCAGCGGAGUGUCCCGCCACGGCAGCGAUGCCCGGCGCGAGAUCAGCAACAGCGUGCAGGCCCAGAUCGAGCGCAUGUUUACGGACGUGGCGAAGGAGAACGGUGGCAGCACGGCCAAUGUACAAAGCUUCAGCGUCCGGUGUCUCGGAUCGUUGCCGCUGAAGGAUAAGGUGACCAGCCUGGUCGGUCUGCAGGAGCCUCUGCGACAGCUGUACCUGAGCGGUGCAGGACACGGGACACAGACCGGAGGCUCGCUGGACAUCAGCCCGAUCGGGCUGCGGGUGCGGGCGGGCAGUGGCAAGGAACCGUCCGUAACGCCCUUUCAAAACAUCGCCGUCUGGUCGGCGGUAAAGUUCGUCGUGUCGGGGGCCGAGGGCGGUGCUGCCUUUCUGCCGCUCAUCACCGAUCCGGAGAACAUCGACAAGAGCACGCUCUUCCGUCCGUUAAGUGCCGCCGACAAGCGCCGCCUGUCGUCCGGCAUCCAUUCGCCGCUGUUUGCGAUCGUGAUGCGAUCGACGAGCGUGCCGCGGCAGCUGGAGUGCCACGGGUUCGUCUGCCAGACGCCGGAAGAUGCCAUCGUGAUUGCGGCGACGCUCUACCAAAGCCUGAUGGCGCACAUGAGCAGUGGCGAUAACCAGCGCCCCAAGCGACCGAAGAACCGGAACGGCGUCAGCUGCAUGAGCAUUGCGAGCAGCACCGUCACCACCAACACCCAUCUGCCCGGCGGCUCGACCAAGCUGUCGUCGCGGCGAUCGAGCGCCAGCCAGCGCAGCAUGCUGCCGCCGCCGCCCCGGCCGCCGCGCAUGAAGCGCAGCGCGACGAGCUCGCUGAGCGGCGAAAGCGAUGCCGUCGCCGGCCCGCACGAGGACGAAUCGUCGACCGAGGAGCGAAGGAAGAAGAACGUGAAGAGCAAGCGGCCACCGCCGAUACCGCCGAACCCGCCGCGGGCAAUAUCGAACCGACCGCUGCUGGACGAAAUCUACACCGACCGGAGCCACUCGACGGACGAGCAGGGCGUCGCCGGGAAGGAGGGCCCGUACCCGGCCCUGACCGACAACUCGACCGGCGACAUACUGACCCGGGUGGCCAUACCGCGCUCCGGCAGCUUCCUCAACACGGCCGGCCUGACCAGGUACAAAUCGCGCGCCACCCGCCGGCACACGGGCAAGGUGGGCGGCGGGGGCGGAUCGCCGCUCGGGUUCAGCGAGCUGUUCAACGAGUUCCGGCUGCAGGAGAACCUGCACUCGCUGGACGAGAUCCUGAAUGCCAUAAUCAACUCGGACGGCAUGUCCUUCAACGAUCUGAAGCCGAUCUACAAGGAGUUUCUGCUCAAGCUGGCGGUGACGCUGACCAAGGACGAGCUGUACCAGCGGUCGAAGAGCAUCAUGCGCCGGCAGAAGAAGAAGAAGUUGAAGCGAAGAAACAGUAACGUGCAGAACCAGCGCCGCAAGCUGCUGAUCGGUGCGAAAGGGCUCAAGAAGGUGUUUCGGUUCGGUAAGUUUCGCAGCAAAAAGAGCGCCGGCGGCGGCGGAGGAGCCGGCGGGUCGCACGGCACCGGCGGCAGCCAUGGCGUCGGUGGCGGGCGAGCUGGAAACGGAGGUGCAGGGCACGCUGCUGCAGCUGCUGCCGGGCACGGGACCGGCGGGCACGGCUCGGCACCGGGUGGCCGGGCACAUCAGCUCGCGGACCAGCUGUCACUGGAUCUUAAGGCGGCCGGCAAGAAGGACCGAUCCCGAAUUGCAACUAGUGGUUCGGAAGUUUCAGACGCUCGACAUGAGCAUACGCUGACCGCGCACAACCGUAACAGCUCGAGCGGCUACGUGUCGUGCUCGGAGUGUAGCUACGAUUCGGACGCGUGCACCUGUGCGUCGGCCGACCGCUGCUACUGCAGCCUGGGCGGGGACGACAUCAACGCCAAGCUGCACCAGGCGAGCAGCCGCAGCUCGGCCCCGAGCUGCCGCAGCGAGGACAAGUGCUACUGCUCGAUGGGCGAAACGCCGAACGAGGAAGGCUCCACCACCUGGUGCGACACGGACAGCUGCAUCAGCAACGAGAAGUGCUACUGCUCCACGCGCCACGGUCAGGUGGCAAAGUGUGCCGCCACCGGUGGUAGUGCUAGCAAAGGUACCAUUGCCGGCGUCCACGGCCAGAAGCACUGCGCGGCGAAACCGACGAAGGUGGACAAGCUCGCGCUCGACUACGAGCUGUUUACGGUCGGUGGUAGUGGCCGCCCGGUCAAAGCGUCCGAGGCGCUGAGCGUGAAGAAGACGGUCGAGGUGGCGGCCGAGUUUGCCGACGUCAAGCUCAGCCAGACGACGGACAUCACGAACCUGAAGGCGGACGCACAGUCCAGCGCUACGUCCGGCAGCUCGUCGCUUGUGUCCACCGCGAAAAAGUCCGCCGACCAUCGGGGUGCGUCGUCCGGCCGUCAUCACGGCCACAACCAUCACCACACGCACCACCAGCACCGCAGCGAGCAGCGGAACCAUCAUCACCGGCCGCAACCGGCGCUCGGCAAUGGGGGGUCGAGCGGGGCCAGCAGCACGAGCAAUCUGCACUACCACCGGCACCACUACAGUACCAGCACGAAGAAGAAGGGCCUGCCGGUGCAGCUGCCGGGCAACGACUAUCAGUACAUCCACUCCACGCAGUCCGAGCUGAUCGUGCGCGGUUCCAAGCAGGAGCUGAAGACCCCGAAACGGUUGACCAAGUCGGAGAGCUACUAUCAGGCGGGUCGGCCAGUCAGCUCGUCGCUCGGGCUCGAGGACUCGUUGGGCUAUCUGCCGUAGGGGGUGUUGAUGGUAAUCGGGAUACAGUCGAGUUGAUUUGUGGGCACAGGUAGGAUGUAGCUAUAUUUUUUUCCUGAAAGUAAAUCGAGCGAUUUCACCUCGCGGCGAGGAAGAACAAGCCUCAGUGUUUACUCUCAGCGAAGACGAGCUUCCGAGGUUUAUGUGGCCCAUUUUUCUUUUUUCGUUGUUUCAUUCACCCACCAUUUGCGCCCUGCACUGCCCUACACACCCUAUCCGUAUGUAUUACGGGCACACACACACCGUUAUCGUAUCGCGCAUUUAUAAGCGUGAAGGGAAAAUGUUUGACAACGUUUCCUUCACACACACACACAAGAAAAGGGAAAAGUGGCGUCCAGCAUCAACACGCUGCUGCGCUAUUGUGUGUUUCAUUUUUAACGUACCCACUAAGAAACGGUGUCGUGCGUGAGACCGAAAUUUGUGAGUGUGUGUCAGAGAGAGA